CCGGACCGUGCAGCGUGUCUUUUUGCCGCCAUGCAGGGCGCCUGGUCUCACUUAGGUCCGCUGCGGUGGACGCCUUACGUCAACAAAGAGGUCAAGGUGACGGCGGGAAAAGAUGAGGUGUUUGGCGGCUGGCUGCUGACUGUAGACCCCGUGACUGCCAGCCUGGUCCUGGUGCAGCUGCGCUCGGUGGGCGGAGCCAGCGUGCAGGUGGUGAUGGGGCAGGCGGUGCAGCAGGUGGAGGUCCUCCAGGAAGCAGACCCAGGCACCGCCCGCCGGCUGCACUCGCUCUUCCCGCCCCCCGGGCCGGGCGCCAUGGAGCCCGGGGAGCGUGUGCGGCGGCGCUGCAGGGUGCGGCGCUGGCUGGAGAAGAACCGCAUCCCCGUGGAGGAGGAGGGGGAGGAGCUUAAAGUCGCGGGGGUGCUGACCAUCGCCACUCCGUACGGACCCGACGACUGCAGCGGCGGCAACGAGAUCAUCUUGGACCGCAUUCAAAAACUGCUGCGGCAGCUGGACACUUCCUGCUGCUGACAAAAUAAAAGCACUUUGCAAGCA